UCCUCACUCUCUCACUCUGCCUCGCAGUCCUCUCACGAGGCCACGGCCCACGCCGUUGCACUGUGCACAUCUCGCCGUCGACCCCUCAGCCUGAGUCCCCUUCCUCUCGCCGUCGCCCCCUCAGAAACACAGACCCGCUCUCUCGCCGUUGCACCUCCCCUCACGGCCUCACGUCUCGAGCCGUUCCCAUCGCACAUACAGCCCCUCGGCCCCUCUCUCAACGCUGCGCUGCCCUCUCUGUCUCUCACCGUCUCACUUUCACGAAGCCCUCCCAUCUCUCACGCAGCCGGCAGCCCCUCUCUCACGUCUCUCUGUCUUCGACAUUUGCAUGGUAGCCCUUCGAAUUUUCAGAUUGCAGGCUGCCUAUAUUUAGUUAUAGAGAUUUCUCCUUUAUUUUGCUGAAAAAUGCAAUCUUUACGUCGGUGUAUCCGAUUGGUCCGGAGGCAAGGACUUGGCAGCUUAAACAACGUUGAUUUCAAAUCAAGUGGUUCUUGCUUUGCUGCUGCCAAAUUUCAUGGGAGCUUAGUCGGGUCUUCCUCCAAGUUCGCUUAUCGGCUGGCUCUCGCAUAUACAAGAAUUCGCUCCCAAGCUGAGAAAUCAACACCACCUAAUAAUGGUAUGCCGUUGGUAUCAACAUCAUGCAUAAGUUCUCGGCUGGGUUUGUAUCAAUCAGGAGGUUUGAUACCUUCUUUCCGUAGCCGGUGCAUUUCAACCGUUGAAAAUCUUGUGGAAUCGGCUUCACAAGAUUCUGCGUCUGUCUCCGAUGCAGCUCCCCGCAUCAAAUUUAAAAGGCUCGACAAGACUGCCAAGCACAUAAUGCAGAUUCUAGAUAAGGAAGCUGUAGAAGAAGUGAGGUCAAAGAAAGAAAUGCCUGAUAUAAAACCUGGCUACAUCGUCCAACUCAAAGUGGAAGUGCCUGAGAACAAGCGACGGGUUUCAAUUCUGAAAGGCAUUGUUAUAGCAAGACGUAAUGCUGGUUUAAAUACUACAUUUAGAAUAAGGAGGCUAGUAGCUGGAGUUGGAGUUGAAUCUCUCUUCCCUCUGUAUUCACCUAACAUAAAGGAGAUAAAGGUGCUGGACAAGAAGAAGGUGAAAAGGGCCAAGCUUUACUAUCUCAGAGACAAAAUGAACGCACUUAAGAAGCAAUAGCAGGCAGCCUCAUACUUAGGUGGAGAUCAAAGUUUGAGAUUUUGCCUAAAGCUUCGUGGAAGGAAAGGCGGCCGAUAUUCUUUCCCCUUUCUUUUUGCUGAAUAAAGGCUGUUCAUAUUUGUUUUUGUACCCAGACUCCUGCUUUCUUCAUGUUUUCAAAUUGAUUUUUGGUACCCUUUCAUCGAACAGAAAGAUACUCGCUUAAUAUCCAGCAAAAUUGUCACCAAUGUGUUCGAAU